CAGGAGUCAAUGGCAGUUCCUACUUGCUGACGAUGAUUCGGCGACCGACUGCUAUGCUCAGUCUUCUCCAGCCUUUGAAUUGUCCAAAUUCUCAGAAUCUUUUGUUUUGUUCUUUUUUCUUUUUUGACAAAAAUUCAACCCUUGAACACCACGCACGCUGAGAGCACCACCCCGUUGAUCUUCACGAUGGUUGAUCUGGGCGACUUUGUCGGCUUCAUUGCGGCCGCGUUCAUGAUCUUUGGCGGUGUGCUGCCGUAUGUCCCGCAGUACCUCGCCAUCAAGCAGACGCGCAAUGCAAGCGGCUUUUCAACCUUUGUCAGCCUGAUUCUCAUCCUCGCCAACAUUGUCCGGUUGUACUUUUGGCUGGGCAAGCGAUUCGAGAUGGCGCUCGUGUACCAGUCGGUCGUCAUGCUCGUCGCCCAGCUCAUGAUGCUCGAGCUCUGCGUCUCGAUGCGCUCGUCGUCGUCGUCGUCGUUAGCGUUCGAUGACCUCGCAACGGGCUCCAACGGCAGUGGCGUCGCUGCACUCGGCGCCAGUCUCUCGUCCUCUGCUCUAUCCAGCGCACGUCGAUCGAACGCCAACAAAAGCCCAUUCGCAAUCGCGCACUUGUUCGACCCGGCAACGUUCUGGCAAUGGAGCAACUUCCAAGACUAUACAAUGUUUCUCGUCGUGUUCACGGCAGCACUGGGCGUCGUGUCGGUCAUGCUGAUUCAACAGAAUUGGUUUGUUGAGCUGCUUGGUGUCGCGUCGGUUGCGUUGGAAGCAUCGCUGGCCAUCCCGCAGUUUUUGAAAAACUGGCGCACCAAGUCAACUGCAGGAAUGAGUAACGCCAUGGUGUUGGGCUGGCUGGCUGGUGACGUUUUCAAGACCAUCUAUUUUGUGACACGACAUUCCCCCUUGCAAUUUAUUUGCUGCGGUAUUGUUCAGGUGCUCGUCGAUCUCGCCAUUCUCGCUCAAGUGUUCUUGUAUCCCUCCAACAAAUCGCUUUCCUGAAAGAUGGAUCCGUUCGUCAGACACGUUGCCGACAAAGAGUUGAUGGUCCAGGUGGUGAAAUCAACCUGCCAUCAGAUAUGAGCAGCUCAGACAAUACAAACCCUUCUCAUGUUAUGUUUUGCAAAUCUAAACAUGCUUCUUCGUUGAAUGCAAUCGCAGUGGAUUUUAACAAAUCGGCGCAAAAACAAAUUAAAUCA